ACUACGCUCGCCCCCGCACCACGUUUGUUUCGCGCGACUUCAGUCGUUCCCGUCGAUAGAUUUGUUUGUGAGUGAGCGAUGUGAAUACGUUAUCGUCGCCGGUCGGAGAUGUUUUGGUAAGAGUGCGGGGUUGACCGCGCGCUAUCGUUCGCCAGUGUUCAGUGGUACGCGGGUCGCGGACGCCGUCGCCAGAACCGCGCGGAAUGUUCACGACAGUCCAUCAUAAUUGGACAAACAUGUCGGGUUGUUUGCGGUGACGUUGUGAUAGUACAGACAUGGUGUUGAUUGUGGUAGUUUCCCAUUGAUUUAGUACAACAGGUAGCGAUAGAAUGUGUUCUAGUUAUAAAAAAAUGAUUGAGAAAACUGUGCAAGUGAACAAAAGUACGUGAUAGUGAACAACAAUGACAAAAUAAUAAGUGGCUAAACAGUGCAGUGGGUAAAUAAAACCAUGGAUUCAAAGUAGAUAUUUAAGUUGAACACUUAAACAGUGAAAAUGGAGGGUGCCUUACUGAGCACCCAAAGUAAUAACAGAUUCCGUACUCACCUGAAGAAUGCAGCAUCAGCUCUAUGCGCCAGGACGUUGCCAAAGUCCAGAUGCAGUGAAUCACCAGCGAGCACUGCUAGGCAUCACACCUAUCCUCGGGCUACUCCGCCUAGGAGGGCACCGAUCACUUGCCGGGUGGAGCCGCUAUUUAGCGACCUGCCGCAAAAGUCGGUCGAGCCGAGCGCUGAUGAAUCGUCAUCGAAUAAGCCGAACGGAAUCGUCAAGUUGCAAGGAUCUAUAGCAAGGGAGGUGGCGAGCGCGUGGCAGUGCCGCAUCGGGCCCUCGGAUCAGCCCGCGCCCGCCCACCGUGUACAGAGUCUCUUCAACGACAUCGAGCUCUAUCCGACUAAGACGCAGGUUUUUGAAAUGCUGGUCUGCGCCCGUCAAUGCGCUCGAAGGAAAUCUCUGAUCCUUACGUUCGGGGAGUUUUGCGUGUUCGCUGCGGAACUACGACGUUGCUCAAGACAAACCAGAUCGGUCUCGAAUAAGCCAGAAUCACCCGUGUAUUCAACAGCCAAGGACUAUCGAGAUAAGGAUGGGCUCUGCAAACAUGUGAACGGUAGCGAGGCGUCGCCGGCGCCGUGCGAGGUGUUCCUGGGCGGGUCGUGUAACCCCACCACGUGGCGCUCCGACAUCGCCAUCCCGAUGCUCAACAAGAUGGGCAUCACCUACUUCAAUCCACAAGUGGACGACUGGUCGACGGAACUGCUCGAGGUGGAGCAUCGGGCGAAGGCCGAGGCUCGAGCGCUGCUCUUCGUGCUGGCGAGUGAGACCCGAGCCGUGGCCGCGUGCGUGGAGGCGGCUCACCUGGCGGCCGCGCCUCGCGACCUGCUGCUGGUGCUGCGACCGUACGCGCGACACCAGAUGAUUGGCGGCGAGACCAUCACGGACCAAGAAUAUGUAGAGUUGUCUCGCGCUCGGGCUACCCUACAAGAGGUGGUGGAGAGGCGUGGUCUACCCGCGUUCACGGACAUCCCCGCGGCGCUGCGUUGCGCACGCGCCGUGUUGCGCGGUGCCCGCACGCACCCGGGCCACUCGCUCGGACACACCAUCCUGCGUCUGAAGCGUGCUUACGACGCCGCGGGCGGACGCCACGGCCGACUGGCGCGUCCGCGAGCCGUCGACGCGCUCAAGGAGGCCACGCGGGUCACACGAGAACUCGCCGAUAAAUGCCUUCCUCCUAACACCGACACCAUUGAUUUUGAAACGUUCUGCGCUGCUGUUGCCGAGCUAGCUGCUGAUGCAGGUGGAUGCGUAGAAGGCGGCGGUCGACCGCGCCGCGCGUUUCCGAGCGUCGCGGCACGUGUUCGUCGCGCGUUCCGUUCGAUGUGCGACUUUAUCACGUCCAACACCAAUUCGUCUGAAUAUCAAAAAAAUAGCGGUCACGAGUCGAGCACUGUUCCCGAGCGCGCCAAUGAGCGCGUGUCCCCGCUGAGCGAGCGACGCGACGCAAAUGUGCGGACGCGGAACCCGAGGUUGCGGGCAUACGGGCAGAAGCUGUCGCUGUUUAUACCCAAGAACGGCGGACACAGAGCGGGCGCGGGUGAGACGCAGGACGCCGCGUCUGGCGAGAGCAGCGGCGAGAGCGUGUUCACGCCGGGCACGGAGCGUCGUCUGGACCGGCUGCCUGCCAUGUUGGGGGCGCCCACUCACGACGUGUACCUGGCGGGCGCCUUCCCGUCGAACGAUCCAAAGCCGGAAGACAUAUUAAGGCGGGAGGGUUUGACGUACGUGAUCCCUCGUGCCAACGACUACACGCGCAUGUUCUCUGCGCCGGCGCGGCGCUGCGCCCCCGACCACCCGGAGUCCCCCCGCCGGGACAAGAAGCCCCGCCCUGCCUCGCCGGGGAGCCCCGCCCCGGCUGAUGACGUCAUACUGAGGGAGAGGGCCGCGGAGGGACAGCGGGCCGCCGACCGGCUCAGUGCCUCGGACUUUUACACCGUCUCCGAGGAUGUCACUCCGCAGCCGUUCAAGGGCACGUAUGAUGAGGACCUGCUACUGGGAUCGCGGCUGCUAGUGUUCUCUCUGAGCAGCGAGGCGCCCAACUUCUCCACCAUGGUGCUGGCCGCUCACUACAUGGGACUCCGGGCCUCUUCCACGCUGCUCAUAGUACAACCCAUGAGGCCGCCUGCCGCCUGCGUACACGACUACAGCGAGGCGGCAGUAAGUGACUACAAUCGCGGGCGACACUACCUCACCGACCUCGCUCGUCGGGCGGCCGUGCCCGUGUUCGACAACGUGCACGACGCUAUGGCCUGCGUACUCGACAGGCUCCGCCCCUCCGUGUAGCACGCUAUUGACAACUAUCACACGCGGACUCUAAAUUUAUACUAGGUAUCAAGUAUUCACGACAGCGAAUGUAAUUAAUAUUAAAACAGCUCUGGCGUAGAAGAUCAUACAAGUGACCAUUGUGUCAUCCUACUUUGUAAAUAUACACUUACUGUGUACUUUGGCCAUUGUACCAGCCGCCGCAAGCCAUCACAUGGAUAGAAAACGGGCACUGAGAGACUGGGGCUUGGCAUGAGCUCUGAAUCUCUAUUUAAUUUUGCUGCGCCCAAGGCCGAAGUAGCCACGAUAAUCGCCAAUUCCGCUGAGGAGAAAGAAAGAAGAUGAACAUUCAGUAAAAUACUGCACUUUUGAUAGUUAAUUAACACUGAGUAUCUACUUAAUUGUAAAAUUAAGCUUUUUCCUAUUGACUACGAGUAUAUAACAAGUAGAACCAAAAUAGCCAUUCAAUAGUUUGUCAUUAAUGCCACAGUUGCGAUACAUAUUGAGACUAUUUUUUAAUGCAGUUCAUUUUAGCAUAGCGUAUUGAUAUAGUUUAAUCAUAAUUAUGAAAGUACCUAUGGAAAAUACAAUGCGUCUAAAAAUCUUAUUAUGUUUUUACACUUUCGUUUUUAGAAAAUGUUUUUUCUUAAAGUUUUAUUACUUGGAAAUAAAAAGUUUCCGCCUUGAACUAAAACCGCGCGGCAAUAGUAAAAAAAAAUAUUUUAUUUUAUUUGAGCAAAAUAAUUUUCAAAGCAUUCUUUUCAUUCGCUAUAAAGUCAAAUUCAAAUAUUUUUUAUUAAAAUUUGAAUUAACGAACACUGAUUGAGAGUCAGUAUCUACUCCAAAUUCGCAAAAGAAAUGCCUUAGGUCUGAGAAGAAGCACAAAUAAAAUAAACUUCUUUUAAGAGCAUUCGCAAGAUGAACGGUACCUUAACCAGUUGUUGAUGAAUGCUGUUUAUGGCUCCUCCAUCAGCACCGAUUUUUGUCACAUUCAAAGUACAAACAGGAACAGUCGUCACAUUUUUGUUACUGUACAUGAUAAAAUCACGGAACAGAAAAUACAAGUGGAAGUAGUUAGUAAAAUUGUAAUGGCAAUAAAAUUCAUUUAUGUGAUAUUAUUAACUAGCUGACCCGACAGACGCUGUUCUGUUAAUAGAAAAAAAAUGAUCUAAGUAUUCGGGAAUAAUGUAGUCUAAUGCCAAUAUAAAUGUAUAAUCAAAGAUUUAACUCAUUUAAAAAUGAAACAAGAACAUUUCUGAAUUAUAAUAGGUAGUAAUAAAAUGAUAAGGAUUAAUAUCGUUUUUGUGUAAACAGAUUUUACAUAAUUGCCAAUUUUUUAAGUAUUAAAAUGGAUAUAGUAUUUUAUCCUUAAGAGAUAGACAUAUGCCAUCACAGACUUUUCUGUAGGCCUAUAUAAGAUACACUAUUCCACCAUACAUUGUUUUCUUAUAUCUCAAAGGGUUUGGACAGCGUUUUGGUUAAAAGCUCUCAGACGGCUUAUUUUUUUCCGACAUCUCCCGCAAAUAUCGUUAAUGUACACAAAAAUGUAUUCGAAAACUAAAUCUCCCUCAAGAACCAAGCUAUCCAUCGGUGGAUAACAGCAUGAAAAUCGGUGCAGUAGUUUUUGAGUCUAUCGCGAACAGACAGACGUGGCGGAGGACUUGUAUUAUAUUGACUUGUUUUAUAAUGUGUAGUGAAGAAGCACAGGCGCGCUUAUAUUUUUUGUAAGGAUCGAAUCGUCAUGAUACAGAAAGUAUGAGCGACAUCUAUCGAGUCUAUGGGGCGCGAUAACUGCGUGAUACUUCCACCUGUAUUCUCUGUUGUUUACGAACUCACAAACAUUUAAACAUCACAAUAUUUUAUGGGCACUUAAUAAUAAUGUAUUAAUUUUAUUUAUAUCUAAUGAAUUAGUUACAUUUUUAAAAGCCUGUCAAUACACCUGGCUUAUUUUACCGUCGACAUAAAUAUGCUGAGAUACUUAUCCAGUGGAGAAAAUACAAAUUCAGAUUUCUCAACUCGACAUAUGGUAUGGUCUUUAAAUUAGGUUCUAACAACCACUUCAUCAUCACAUUUGCUAAAGCUUAUGAAUCUCAUCACAAUUAUAAUAUUCCGGACCCAUACCCCUUCAAUAUAUUUGAUUUUAUUACUAGAAAAAAAAUUAUGUCAUCUUGAUAAUUUUCUUGUGUGUAAAAUGUGUCUUGGACAGUAUGUUGAAGUUUUUGAAAGUGUAGCCAACUUUAAAUGAAUUAGGUAAUGCAAAAAGGACUUAUAUAUUAAAGAAAUAUAACGCGAAAUUAAUUCACAUAUAAUGUAAUAUGUAGGUAGUUACAAUAUGAUACUAUCGAUAAUAUAGACUCAAUUCCAUAGGCUGUAGAACACAAUAUAGUUUUAAAUUUGCUUAACAGUAUAUAACCGAGCGGAGAUGGUAUCUCACCUUUGUAAAAUAAACACUACCAAACGGCUAUCCAUGUUUAACCAGGCCACGGUGUAUCGAGAGCAUUGCGAUUAUAGUUAACGACAGACAAAAAUUUAAUAUUUUGAUAAUAAAUGCUUGUAUAAUAUUAUGUAUUAUAAGAAUUUUUAUUUAACAGUUGGCGUCAUUACUCUGUAAAGAUCCUGCCAAUAUAGAUUUACAAUGUAAUUGUUUCACGAACAGCAGUAAUCUGUUUGUGUGGUUGUCAUUCAUUAGGGAUUCGUGCCAUCUCCAUCUGUUUAAGUAUUGUGAGGUAUGUCUAGUACAUAACGCGUGAGUCUCAUAUCAUUGUAAGUAAUUAUUUAAUUUUAUAUUUACUUGAUAUUUCAUUUAUAUAUUAGCAUGUUAUAAGUAGAACCGAGUCUCUCUCUACGUCAACUCUCUCUAUAUGUAAUAUAAAUGGACUCUAGUAUUGUGAAUGUGAGCGAGAGAUUGAAUGCAGGGUGAUGGAUUUGUUUAAUCGCGUAUAAGUUAUAUUAAAUUUAUUAUCUGCCAUUAGUUGGUAACAUUGACAAGGAAUAAUUGUGGAAUUGCGAUCGCACACUUAACGGUUAAAGUUACGACCGUAAUCGUUCAGUUUGCAAUCGAAAACUAUGUGGAGAGUCUGAUCUUACAGAUACUGUAAGUAGGGUUGCCAAUUUUUUGUAAAAGGUGUAGCAGAUCCGAUUACAGAGAGGUUAAUUAAUAAAGAGUACAUAUUAAUAAAAAAAACAAACAUUUAUUUAAAUUUUAUAACACGUUCCAACUACUUAUCACAUUGAUAUUUUAAUAUAUCCAGGCGUGAUUGAUUUGAUGUUAUUUUGUGACGCCAAUGCUUUCAGAAACGGCUGAGUUCUAUGGCUUUGGGCACCACCUAGUAUGGUAUAUUAAAAGUAUAUUGUAUGUAUUAUGUAAAUGUGCAUGGCUUGCAUAUGCCAAAAAAAAUAUGUGAUUUUAUAAAAAGGGAUUAUCGCAGCGUACUCUAUAAGUGUUAUGAUUAAUAAAGUACACCUACAUGAAAAUAUAGAGUAUAAUGCUCAUUUUAAACGUACGGUUGGCAGCCCUGAUUUUAAGAUAUAACAGAGACGUAUCUCUCUUAGAAAACUCUAGGACUGUAAUCAUAACUCAUACCAGAGCUACUCGACGACAUGCUAUUUGACAGUUGUUACGUUAAUCCACUGACCUCUACUAUAUACCAAUGGACAGGCGGCUCCCAAAUUGCUUUUCUGCCUGUUUGAUAUUCGCCAUUUUGGCGCUGUUGGCCAUGUAGCGAGAGUCUGCGGUACUAAAACUAGUGAUGACAAUAAUGCAAACAUCGAUAGAUGGUGGGAAACUAUUUACAAAAAAAAAUAUUUUGUACUUGAUUACGUUGAUUUUUGAAGUAUAAUAAACACGAAAAAAGAAAGAAAUUAAAUCUAAUUGCAAAAAUCAGAGUAUUGUACGUUCCUUCGCAGCCAUAAUUGCUGUCAAAUAUAUGGAACAGCCUCACCAGUGAUAUUUAUACAGGUCAGUGUGCUAAUCCCGGCAUAAUAAUAGCGGCAUGUCAUUGACAGAGUGAUCAAUGAUGACACAAUGAUAGGUUAUUGCUGUCAAAAUGUAGUUUGUCUAGCUUGUUACUGCAAUGAACGUAAAUAACCAAUCCCCUCGAAAUAGAUCUUUAUAAGUAUGUUAAAUUUUCUAAGAGUACAAAUGCGGUUUGCUCAUUAUGCAAAUUUAAGUAUGUAUGUUUAGAAUAAUUUGGAAAACAUUAUGCAAAAAAAAUUGUUGUUAUUUUAUACUCAUUCUUGGUAUAGAUGUAACGGAAUUAUUAGGUAACUUAAAUUAAUAUAUAAUGCUUGCAAAAUAAUUCAUCAAGAUUUGAAGCCUUUGUAAUUACCUUAAAUAGGUAUACUUAUUAAUUAGAUAUAAUAUAUAAUAGGUAAGUUAUCUUAAUACACCUUGACCCACUGUCACAAAACUUAGGUGAAUGCCGGCAAAUAUUAUUUGCUAGUCACAGUAUCCAUUUAUACUUAAGUAUUUGUAAUAUUGUUUGAUAGUACAAAGUUCUAAUUUAUACAUAAAUUUCAUUUAAUAAAUUGUAUUUAUAUGCCAUGUACGCUUAUUUUAAACUAAACAUCACAUGUAAAUAUAGAAAUUUGAAUUA